AUGAUAGAUAAGAAGUGGAUUUUCCAAGAGAAUAGAUUAUCGGUGGAGUAUUUCAACGGACUUAAGAAUUUUCUUAAGUUAUCAUCCUUUCACUUGAAUGAUGAAAAUAAGAUUCGAUGUCCAUGUGUUUCAUGUAUGAACUUAUACUAUUAUGACUUGGAGACGAUUGAGCGCCAUAUAUUUGUAAGAGGAUUUUAUACAAAAUAUGUUUUAUGGGAGUUCCACGGGGAAGAUAUCACAGAAAUACACGAGGAUGAAGAGAAUGCAGAAUCAAUCGUUGAGGAAGACAACACAUUAUAUGAUAGUGAUGAUGAAGAUGAUGACGAUAUGAUACCAGCAUUAGAGGAUUUAGCUAAUCAAUCUCAUAGAAAUAGUGAGUUUGUGAACCUUGGAAAUUCAAAUGGCGACAACAAUGCAAGGAAUUCAUUACCUAACUUAUUUGCUGAAGCUGAAAAGGAGUUGUACCCCGGAUGCACAGUAUUCUCGAGCUUAACAUUUAUUGUUAAUCUAAUGCACAUUAAAGUGAUGUGUGAUUGGAGUAACAAAUCAUUUGAUCUAUUGUUGGACUUACUUUGGAAAGCAUUUCCCAAAGACAAUAAGAUUCCACGGUCAUAUUACGAGGCUAAGAAGAUGUUGCGUGAUCUUGGUUUAAGAUAUGAAACCAUCCAUGUAUGUAAGGACAAUUGUGCUUUAUUUUGGAAAGAGAAUGAAAAUGCUGAAAGAUGUCCUGUAUGUGAUCAUGAACGAUACAAAUUUCAAGGAACUAAAGGCAAGAAGAUCCCAUACAAAAAGAUGCAAUAUUUUCCCAUAACUCCACGUCUACAACGACUUUUUAUGUCUCGCCAUACAUCAACUGAUAUGAGGUGGCAUAAGGAAGAACGUGUUGAUACUGAUGGUGAACUUAGACACCCAGCUGAUGCAGAAGUCUGGAAGGAUUUCGAUCGACAAUAUCCUAAUUUUGCAAAAGAAACUAGAAAUGUUAGGUUGGGAUUUGCAACAGAUGGAUUCAAUCCAUUCGGUGAUUUAUCAAACGCACAUAGUAUGUGGCCAGUGUUGCUAAUGCCAUAUAACAUGCCUCCAUGGAAAUGUAUGAAACGAGAAUUCGUAAUGAUGGCAUUACUAAUUCCAGGACCCAGUGCUCCAGGCAAAGACAUAGAUGUCUUUUUACGACCUCUAAUUGAUGAGCUCAAGGAAUUAUGGGAAAAUGGGGUGCGAACUUUUGAUAUUGUUGACCAAGAAUAUUUUACAAUGCGUGCUGCAGUAUUAUGGACGAUUAAUGAUUUUCCGGCAUAUGGUACUGUGUCUGGGUAUAGCACACAAGGGUAUAAGGCUUGUCCUGUUUGUGAGGAAGACACAUCUUCAUUUCGAGUAAGAGAAAAAACAUGUUUCAUGGGUCAUCGUUGA